UAACUAAUCAGAUGUGACUCUGUGUCACAGUCAGUUUCUCAGUCAGUUGUGUGUUUUGUCCUCAGCGACAAGAUGAAGCUGUGUGUCCUCCUGAUGUGUGUGUGUUGUCUCUGUUGGAGGACGGAGGCUGAUUCCAGAACGUAUCUGAUCACAGCUCCUCUCUCGCUGCGUCUGGACGCCGUGGAGACGGUGCUGCUGCAGUUGUUCGAUUUUACAGACGAAGUGACGGUCUACGUCUACUUGAAGACCUCCAUGGCGGCCAAUCAUGUGGUUCUGGCCCAGGAAGUUGUGACCCUCAAUGCCAACAACCACCACCAGGCUGCUGCCAGAGUCCGGCUGUUCCCAGGUCAGCUGGAUAAGAGCGUGAGUCACGUGAUCCUCCACGUCCAAUCACCGGUGAUCAACGGACACCUGUCUAUCCCUGUCAGCCGCACCAACGGCUUCCUGUUCAUCCAGACUGACAAACCGCUGUACACGCCCCAUCAGAGCGUCAAAGUGAGGGCGUUCUCUCUGAGCCAGGAGCUGAGGCCGGCCCAGCGCAGCGUCUUCCUGACCUUUAGAGACCCACAGGAUGUGAUAGUGGACAUCGUGGAGAUGAUCGACGCCAACAAUGGAAUCCCGUCAAUGCAAAAUCCCUUCAAGAUCCCCAUCAAACCCAAGUUGGGGAUUUGGUCCAUUGAAGCCUCCUACUCUGAUAAUUUCACCACUUCAGCGAGAACAGAGUUUGAAGUUAAGGAAUACGUUCUUCCUAGUUUUUCCAUCCAGAUGGAACCAGAAUCAAAUUUCAUCAGUUACGGACAAUUCAACAGUUUCAACUUCAAGGUGUCCGCCAGGUAUCUUCAUGGAGCUCCGGUAGCUGACGGUGAAGUGUUUCUGCGUUAUGGCUACAUUCGUGGGAAGAAUCCUCCGGUUCUCAUCCCCAGUUCUGUUUCCAGAGAGCGAUUGUCCUCGACAGGUGAGGUGGACGUCACGGUCAACAUGGAGAAGGUUCUGUCCAAACAUGACGGACCAAAAGACCUCAACAGUCUGGUGGGGAUGCACCUGUACGUGGCUGUCCUGCUGCAGGAGGAAACAGGUGGUCUCAACCAGGAGGCGGAGUUUGCUGCUGUGAAGUUCGUUAAAUCACCUUACAGCCUGAGUCUGGUGUCCACACCCCCAUUCAUCAAACCGGGACUGCCUUAUAACAUCCAGGUGUUGGUGAAGGAUCACCUGGACAAACCGGUGAACCGGGUUCCAAUUCGUCUGUCGGAGCGACAGCUGUUUAAAGUAGGAGGAGAGACCGAGCAAAUCCCCUGUCCUGACAGCGCCAUCAGCCAAUCAGACGGCCUCGCUGUCUUCAUCUGUAACAUACCAAGUGAUGGAGUCCGGGCGGUGCUGAAGUUUGACACGGCGGACCCCGCCCUCCCAGCUGCCAGUCAGGCGGCUCUCAGCCUGGAGGCGGUGGCGUAUCACUCUCCUAACCAGCGGUACCUUUACAUCGACCCGCCGCUGCCCGGCCGAGGUCUGGAGGUGGGACGCUUCGCCAGCAUCAAGGUGUACUCGGCCACGCCCUCCUACGUGCCUGUCAAAGCCCUCAGCUUCCUGGUGCUCUCUAAAGGGAAGGUGGUGGAGUUUGGCAGUCGAAAGUUCUUCUCCAGCACCGACCACAGACAGACUCUGAGCUUCCUGGUGACGCCCUCCAUGGUCCCGUCCAUCAGACUGCUGGUCUACUACAUCCUGUACGGAGAGGGCACGUCUGAGCUGGUGGCGGACUCCGUCUGGCUGGACGUCAGAGACAAGUGUGUCAACGGACUGCAGACUGAGGUGUCGUACCGUGUGCGGGACUACAAACCAAAGGAAAGGCUCCAGCUGGACAUUCGGGCCAAUCAGGAGGGUCUGGUGGCUCUGUCUGCUGUGGACUCCGCCCUCUUCACACUACGACCCAACUACAGGGACCCUGUUUCCAUGGUUCUGCGUCACAUUGAGCAGAGCGACCUGGGCUGUGGCGGGGGCGGCGGCAGAGACAGCGCAGAUGUGUUCCGAUUGGCCGGCCUCACCUUCAUCACCAACGCUAACGCCAACCCAUCGAGCAGCACUGAAACGUGCACAGCAGCUGUGCGUCCAAAGCGAGCUCUGACUGAAGAGGAGAAGAAGAAGAAAGCUCACACUUACGGCCGUGCGAAGACGUGCUGUGAAAACGGGAUGAAGUUCAUUCCAAAGAUUAUGACCUGCCAAAAGUUCGCUGAUCAGCACUACAGCAAGGUUCCUCUGCCCUGCCGUCAGGCCUUCAGAGAAUGCUGCGAGUUCAUGCAGCAGCACCUGGACCAGGACCAGGACCUGGUUCUGGGACGCAACGCACUGGGGGCUGACUUCGACCAGGCUCCCUCUCUGGUGCGGAGCUACUUUCCAGAGAGCUGGAUGUGGGAGGUGCAGCCCAUCAGUCCGGGUCAGCGGUCUACAGUCAGAACUCUACCCGACUCUCUGACCACCUGGCAGAUCAGAGCCGUCGGCAUGUUCAACGAUGGUAUCUGUGUUGCGGAGCCUCUUCAGGUGUCGGUCAAUCUGCCACUCAGCGUGGACGUACCACUGCCCUAUCAGGUGGUCCGAGGAGAACAGCUGGAGCUCAAAGGCUCUGUGUACAACCAGCAGCCUGACCCCAUCACGUACUGCGUGACGCUGACGGUCGGCCCAGCGUUGUGUCUGCUGCAGUCCCAGCCAGCCGCCGGGGGGGCGGGGCUUAAAUCCACCACCUGCAGCUGGAGGCGCCUGUCAGCCAAGGAGGUGGGGAAGGUGAGCUUCACUGUGCUGGGCCUGGAGCCUGGAGAACACACCCUGACCUUCACCCUGAAGACACGCAGUGGACCCAAAGACAUUCUGGAGAAGAAGCUGCGGGUGGUGCCUGAAGGAGUGAAGAAGGAGCUAAUGUCUGGAGGGACGCUCGACCCACAGGGACGCUACGGUUCAGAGAAGAGGACUGUGAAGCUGAAGAACAACCUGCCGACCAACAUUGUUCCCAACACGGCUGUGGAGAGGAUGCUGACGGUCCACGGUGAGGUUCUCGGAGACGUCCUGUCGGUGGCGCUCAGCCCAGAGGGCAUCAGGCAGCUCCUCAACCUGCCGGCCGGGUCAGCGGAGGCCGCGCUUGAUGAGCUCCUCCCCCUGAUCCAGGUGUACCAGUACUUGGAGACGGCGAGGCACUGGGACAUCCUGGGAGGAAACAUCCAGGAGAACUCAAGAGAUCUGAGACAGAAGAUCAGAGAGGGUCUGGUUGCCAUUAGUUCUUUCCGACGAGGAGACUCCAGCUACAGCAUGUGGAUGAACAGUAAAUCCAGCACCUGGCUGACAGCUCAGGUGGUGAAGACUCUGUCAGCAGCAGAUCAGCUGGUCUCUGUGGACCAUCAGUCGGACCAUCGUCAGUCUCUGUCAGAAUCUGUGGCCUGGUUGAUCCACAGCACUCAGCGGCCGGACGGGUCCUUCACCGAUGCAUCCUCCUUCAGAGCCAACAAAGUCAUGGCUGCAGGGGCGAAUCCAGUCGACCAAUCAGUGUAUCUGACGUCUUUCGUGCUGAUCGCAUUACACAAAGCGACGAGCAUCAAAGAUCCAAUCCUGCAGCUCCAAUUUCAGGAAGACAGCAAGAAUUCUGCAGCAAACUACAUUUCCCAGCAUGCCUCAGGUGUGAAGAGUUUGUAUGUGCGUGCAGUGGCGACCUACGCUCUGACCCUUCAUGACCCCAACAGCAUGGCUGCCUCCACGUUGCUCCUCCACCUGGAGAGGAAAGCUCAGAGCAAAGGUAACCCUGUUGAGCUCAGGUACUGGAAGGAGGCCAAUGUGACAGCUGAUUGGCUGAAACCCGACCAAUCCAGCGGUCAGACAGUGGAGAUGACAGUAUACGUCCUGCUGACUCUGCUCCUCAAGGGGAGGAUCCAGGAUGCUAACCCCAUCCUGUCCUGGCUGACCCAGGACCAGCACUAUGGAGAGGGUUUCUACUCUAUUCAGGACACAGUCUUGACUCUGGAGGCACUGACAGAGUACAGCAGAGCUGUCCCUCGAGCCGUCCUCGAUCAGGACAUCAACAUCCGCAACAGGAAGGGAUCUGUGGGACGGGUCCAGUUGACCCAGAGCCGACCCGUGGCCUCGCCCAUCCAGGUGACAAAUAAUGAUGACAUCACUGCGACCACUGGUUAUGGGAGGGGCGUGUCCACUGUGAAGAUGAAGACAGUUUACUAUGAGACCACUGCGUCCAACCAGAACUGUAACUUUGACCUCACUAUAGAGGUGGCGGGCCCCGACACCUCCAGCAAUCCCAGUAUGAGCGCUCCACACAUAGUCGCCUGUGCAAAGUAUAAUCCUCCUCCUAACGAGGUGUCGACAGAGUCCGGUCUGACGGUGAUGAAGAUCCAGCUGCCCACAGGUGUUGAUGCACACCUGGAGGACCUGAGACAGUUCAGAGAUGCGAUGGUGCCGAGCGUCUCUCACUAUGAGCUCCAAGGACACACUGUGGUCAUUCAGAUGGACUCUGUUCCCUCAGACAGCUUCCUGUGCGUUGGUUUUCGGAUCAGGACCACGUUCAAGGUGACUGGGGAAAGCGAGUCCCUGUUCAGCGUCUAUGAGCCCCAGGACAAAGGCAGUUUGUGCACCAAACAGUUCUCCUCCCAGGAGCAGAGCCUGCAGCGCCUCUGUGUGGGCCAGCAGUGUCAGUGUAUGACAGCUGCGUGCGCCGCCUACCGAGGAAAGAUCGACGUGACUCUAACAGCAGACAGACGGACGGAUGAGACCUGCAAACCGCACAUCAAAUACGCCUAUAAGGUGACAGUGGUGUCUUCAGCAGCAGAGGGAGACUUUAUGACCUACACAGCCACCGUAGUUGAAGUCCUGAAGAACUCAGAUAAAGAUUUUGAGGCGGUGAGUUCAGGUACAGAGGUGGACCUGGUGAAGAAGAUCACCUGUAGUGCAGUGGAUAUCCAGAACAACAAACAGUACCUGGUGAUGGGCUCCAGCGGGUCAGAGGUCAAACUCAACCAGGGCUUCAAGUAUCGUCUUCCUCUGGACUCGGAGGCGCUGGUGGAGCUGUGGCCGACUGAUUGUAGUUCUCCUGAGUGUUCAGACUACGUUUCCCAGCUGGAUGAUUUUGCUCUGGAGCUGCAGUUAGCCAGCUGCCCCGCCUCCUGAGGGGAGCUGAGAGAGAGCUCAGGACAUAUUCUUCGCUCGCAGUGUAAAUGUGCAUGUUACUUCUUCUUCUUCAGAUUGUUUCAUCGUUUCAUAAUCUGACAAUAAAGCUGAGAACAAUCCUGAU